GAUGACCCGAAGCUGCUGCGCCGUGGGCUGUAGCGCCCGGGACACCGUGCUGAACCGGAGGCGCGGCCUCUCCUUCCACAAUUUUCCCACAGAUACCCUCAUGCGCUCAAGAUGGAUCAGCGCUGUUAACCGCGUAGACCCCGAGAGCGGCAAGAUUUGGCUCCCAGGACCAACUGCUGUGCUGUGCUCCAGACAUUUUCAAAAAAGUGACUUUGAAAUACAUGGCGUCCGCAGAAAGCUGAGGAAAGACGCCGUGCCCUCUGUUUAUCUGCACGAGCCUGUUCCAGGUAUAUACCUUAGAGGUAGAGCAAGACGGAAAAUCCUGAGAAAGCCCCUUCCGGGUGAGUCUCAAGAGGUUGCUAUUGAGGACCAUAAUUAUAGUUUAAAGACGCACGUGGCAGUAGAUGCGGAGAUGCUGGGUGAAGUGCAGCAAAUGCUACGGGAGUCCCGAGCAGGACCUGUCUCUUGGACAAACCGCAGGCUGCUCAAGAAGAGAAGGGAUUUGCAGCUGAUCGAUGCACUUGUGCAAGAGAAACUACUUUCUGAAGAAACAGAGUUUCUGCUACGAACACAGUUUUCAGAUUUCCCUUGGGAGCUGCAUGACUGGAACAACCCAGCUAAUUACUCUAAAGAAAUGAAACAAUUUGCUGGUACACUCUACCUGUGCGGUACAACGGUCUAUGAGUACGUGAGGAAGAUCCUGAAGCUGCCUCAUGCUUCUGUCCUCAGGACAUGGUUUUCCAACUGGAAACUCGGUCCAGGUUUCCACAGCAACAGCUUUUCUUUCCUUCAACGAAGAGCAGAGAAUGGAGAGCAGCUGUACAAAUACUGUUCACUGAUCGUAAAGGUUACCCCUCUCAAGCAGCAGCUCCAGUGGGAUCCCAGGAGCCACAGUAUGCAAGGUUUUGUGGAUUUCGGCCUUGGCAAACUGGAUGCUGAUGACAUGCCACUUGCCUCAGAAACGAUUUUGCUCAUGGCAGUGGGGCUUUUUGGUCAUUGGAGAAUCCCUCUUGGCUACUUUUUUGUCAACAAAGCAUCUGGCUACUUGCAAGCUCAGCUGGUCCGUCUGACUAUUGGCAAAUUGAGCGACACAGGGAUCACAGUUCUGGCCGUGACGUCCGAUGCCACAGCUCACGGCAUUCAAGUGGCGAAAGCCUUGGGGAUACGUAUCGACGGCAACAACAUGAAGUGUACGUUUCAGCAUCCCUCAUUUGCCAGCGAGGAGGUUGCAUACUUCUUUGAUUCUUGCCACUUGCUUGAAUUAAUAAGAAACACAUUUCAGAGUUUGCAAACCAUUCGGUUUAAAAAUGGCACAGCACGAUGGCAGCACCUUGUCGAGUUAGCGACACUAGAGGACCGGGAGUUAACAAGUAUGGAAAGACUCCCAAGGGAACUUGCAAGACUGAAGCAGCACAUACUCAAACCAAAUUGUACUGCCCAGAUCUUCAGUGAGAAUGUUGCCUGUGCAUUAGAAUAUCUGUUGGCCCUAGGCCUGCCUGCUUUUCAGAACUGCACUGGGACUGUCCGGUUUCUACGUAUAAUUAGCAAUCUGUUUAACAUUUUUAACUGCAGGAACUUUUAUGGGAAAGGACUUAGAGGACCCCUGUCCUCCAAAACUUAUAGUAAAAUAAAUGAUGCAUUAACAGAAGCCAAGACUAUUUUCACUACGUUAUAUGACACUAGUCAGAAUCAGAUCAUCGAAGGGAAGCAAAAGCUGGGAUUCCUGGGAUUUUUGCUUAACGCAGAGAGCCUAAGAUGGCUCUACCAAAGUUAUAUUUUCCCAAGACUCCUGCCUUUUCCAUACCUUAUGACUUACAAAUUCAGUCAGGAUCAUGUGGAACUAUUUUUGAAGAUGCUUAUUAGGCAGUUAGCCAACAAUACUAAUCUCACCUGUGUGACAUUCCAAAAGGCUUACCAUAACCUAGAGAGCAAACACAGAUUUCCAAAUGAAGUGUUCCUAAAUGAAAUAAGCAUCUUCGACAUUUCCAUCGCACGAAGGAAAGACUUGACCCUGGGGACGGUGCAAAGUCAGUGUGGAGUCAGGGAGGUGACGACAGUCUUCCACAGAGCGGGCAUUUGCCAAGACUGGUCCCGCUGCUCGCUGAGCGCAGCGUUGCUGGACCUUUCCACUCAUAAGCCAGAUCACAAUUUGUGUGCCACCUAUGUUGCCAAUAAACUAUCCACUCUUUUAACUUGUGAGGAUUGCGUCAGUGCCUUGUAUGCCUCAGACCUCAAGGCUCCUAAAAUUGGGUCCCUGUUAUGUGUUAAAAGGAAGUAUGGUUCCUAUUUUCCUUCAGAAAGCCUGUGUCAGGUCAUAAAUAUCUGCGAGCAAGUUGUAAGAACCCAUUCAAACAUGGCAGUUUCGCACCUAGGGCCUAAUCAAAGAGAAUUUUACCUUCAACAGAAAAUACUAUACGAACUUUUGGAGCAUCUCUCUCUCUUUGCAGAUUUAGAUAAGCAUCUCUUUGAUGGAGACAUGUGUGCCAUUAACCACUUUGUGAAAUUGCUGAAGGAUAUAAUAAUCUGUUUCUUAAAUAUCAGAGAUAAAAAUGGGGUUUGAGGCCCUUUGAAACAUCAUUCAAACAGAACUAAAAUGAGAACCAUAUCAAGGAAACACUGAGCCCUACAGAUUACACCUCGUGAUGUUUGGCUAGAAACAGUUAAUUCAGGCUGAGUAGCAGUGGAUAUCCAUUGACAUGAGAGACCAGAAUAUCUUGA